GAGAGAGAGAGAGAGAGAGAGAGAGAGAGAGAGAGAAAUAGAAGAAAGAAGAUCAGUGUCGAUCGGAUGGUCAAUAUCGAAGAAACGAGCAUCGAUGGUCCGAUUUUCAGUUAUUAGUCGUGGUGGAUGAGGAAGACAUAGAGAUAGAAAGAGAAAGACAGAAAAAGAGAGGGAGAGUGAAAGACAGAGAGAAAGAGAGAAAGAGAGAGAGAGAGAGGACAGGUGACGCCAGUCGAUGUUUAUGCUCGAAGUAUCGGGCACAUCGAGCAACGUUGGUCACGAGGUAUCGGAAAAUCGAUAGAAAGCUGACUGACGCUAGUGGUGCCGGUCAGUGGUGGUGGCAGCCGCGGUAACCGACGCCAGCGUCGACGGCGACGACGACGGCGGCGACGACGACGACGACAACGACGACCACGACCACGACCACGACCACGACCACGACGACGACGACGACCACGACGACGACGACGACGACGACGACGACGACGACGACGACGACGACGACGACGACGACGACGACGACGACAGCGGUGACGGCGACGACGACGACGUUGGCUAUGUUGUGUGCCUCGUAAUCGUUCGUGUUAUGCGUUGAUGGUGUUCGUGUGUCUACGAAACGAGAAUAACGUUCCCGGUAGUAUCGUCAUUGAUGUGGUAGUAGUAACAGUAGUAGUAGUAAUAAUAGUAGUAGUAGAAGUGGUGGUGGCGGUGCUGAUGGUGCUGGUGGUGGUGGUGGUUGGUAGUGGGUGGUAGCAGUGGAUGAGCUGAACAGAGACAGAGAGAUAGAGAGACAGAGGGAGAGAGAAAGACAGAGAGAGAGAGAGAGAAGACUGAUAUUUCGAAGAGUGAGAGCGCGUCCGACAAAGUGGUGUGUGCUUUUGGACGGAAGGGGUAGUUUUCACGUGGAUACCAUACGUGUCGAAGGGGUGAAAGUCUUGGACGCGUGGAGGAAGGGACUAUUCCCGGUAUACGAAAGUGCGCAAGUACGAAAAGGAGGGCGCUCGAAAAGUGGUGGUGGUGGUGGUAGUAGUAGAGGUGGUGGUGGUGACUCUCCGUCGUUUUUGAUUUUCCCCUAUGGAGAGAGACCGUGUUUAAAGAGAAAGAGAGAAGGAAGGAAGAGGACAGGAAGAGAGGGUUAAAGAGACGGAGAGAAAGAGAGAGAGAGAGGUAGAGAGGGAGAGAGAGAGAGAGAGACAGAGACAGAGAGAGUAUAGACUCACACCUGGACCAGGAGGAACGGAACGGAACGGCACGGCACGCGCGGGUAACGCCGUCGUUAAACUCGAGAACAUUGGUGGUAGAAUAGACCAGGUGGUAGUGGUGGCGGUGGUGGUGGUGGUGGUAGUGGUGGUUGUGUCGCUGGUCGUCCCGCCGGAGGAAAGGGGCGGAGCGGAAGGGCCCAGACGGGGUACCGGUGGGCACCGCUGUCUCGAAAGUGAAAGAGACAGAAAUAGAGAGAGAAAGAGAGAGAUAGAGAGAGAGAGAGAGAGAGAUAGAGAGAAAGAGAGAUAGAGAGAGAGAGAGAGAGAGAGAGAGAGAGAGAGAGAGACAGAGAAAGAGAGAUAGAGAGAGAGUUUGCGACCGAGCCACCUCGCUCUCUCUUUCUUUCCUCGUCGCUCUCUUCGUCGUUCUUUCGUUUAGGAGGUUCCGUAGAACGUAGCCGUUGCCGCUACUACUAGAGAGCGUACCGUAUUCACACUCUCUCUCUCGGCCGGCUAAGCGUCCGCGCGUUCUCAAUCGCUCCGCGUAUGUCAUGGGCGCACGGUGGACGCCGCCGUUGUGGUACCACCGGAUCUCUAUGCCGAUCCGUCGUGGCGGAGCGUCGACAGAAGCAUCACCGGGAACAUCGACAGCGCCGUCCUCGUUGUAUAUCAGAAUCAAUCUUGUCGUAAACGGUGGCGCGACGUUCGAGCUUCGUUCGAGAUUCACGAAGGUGUUAGAGGCGAGAGCGGGAGCCUUGAAAGGUUUCCAAGGUGCCAGUUGCCAGGGUGCUGAUCAGUGACGACGAGAAGAGCGGUGACGAGGCGCCUUUCGAGUUUAACGAAAGAAGAGAACUUUUUUGAUCGGUGCGUGCGUACUUGUAUCCUUGAUUGCUCGUUUGCUCGCUUACUCGCGCGGACAAGUAACUGUGAGAGACAAGGAGAAGGAGAAGGAGGAGAAGGGGGAGGAGAAAAGUGCGAAGGAAGAAGGGUGCGCGGUGAAUUCGAAAAAUCCCGGUUACGUAGUGUGCACGCGGUGUGUGUCCAGUCACGACAGCGAGCGAGUGCGCGCCUACCCGAACUAGAUGUGCGUAAAUGGAAGGUAUAGGGGACAUAGCCGAUCAUCAAUCGCAUAGCGAGCAAUUACUGGACUCGGUCGAUUCCCCGGCGGCGGUCUCUACGCAUGGCCGCAGCGGCAGUGGGGGUGGCUCGAAUGGAAAUUGUGGGGCUGGUGGAGGAAGAGGAGGAGGAGAAGGUAGUAGGGGAAGCGUGCUUGGUGGGGGUAGACACCACCACCAUCAUCAUCACCAGCACCAUCAUCACCAUCACCACCAUCAGCAGCAGCAGCAGCAGCAGCAGCAGCAGCAGCAGCAGCAGCAACAGCAGCAGCAGCAACAGCAACAGCAGCAGCAGCAGCAACAUCACCACCAUCAUCAUCAUCACCACCAUCAGCAACACCACGAGGUUAACGAAAUUGGAGGUGGUAGAAGCGGCGGUAGCAACGGUGGAGGUGGUAGUAUCGAGGGUAUGUCAUCGUCGGCUUCUCAAAGUCCCGACAUCGCGUGCGCGAGCCUACCGCUCGAAUUGCUCGCUGCUGGCGCGCUCGGCGUUAAGGAGGAACGAGAUCUCGUUGCCGCGGAAGAUCUCUCGUCGUCUCAGGAAGGGCCGACGAUCGGUAGCGGAGGCGGUGGUAACGGAAACGGUGCCGGUGUUGGUGGUGCUGUUGGUGCUGGUGGUGGUGGUGGUGGCGGCGGUAGUGGUGGUAGUAGUAGUGGUGGCGGUGGUAGUGGUAGUGGUGGUGGUGGUAGUGUCGUCGGUGGUGGUGGUAGUGGAGGUGGUGGUGGAGGCGGUAGUGGUAGUACCGGCGGCGGCGGCGGCGGUAGCAGCAGCAGCAGCAGCACCAGCAGCACCAGCAGUACCAGCAGCGGUGGAGGUGCCAUCGGUGGUGGCGGUGACGGUGGCGGCGGCGUCGGCGGUGGCGGCGGUGGUGGCGGCGGCGCCGUCGGCGGCGGUGGUGGUGGUGCCGGUGGUGGUGGUAGACAGAGCAGCGCGAGGGAGUCCCUGUCGGUGAUCGUGCCACCUCAGGACGUGGACGUGGACUCGCGCGACGACGCCGACGACUCGGAGCUCCUCAGUCCGGGCAAGCUAACGCCGACGUCGGGGAUAAGCGUCUCGGUCGCGAGCAUGAUCGACGCGACGGACUUCAGGGCGAUGCAACCGGAGCCGACUUAUCAAACGUUGACGUCGGUUACCGAAAGAAUGUCGCCGCCUGGCUUCAGCCCGGGCUCCUCGUACGCGACGCUGACGCCGUUGCAGCCGUUACCGCCGAUCUCGACGAUGAGCGACAAGUUUGUGUACGGUCACACGACCGGCGGGGUAACCGGUAGCUUCGCCGUGAUGCAGAACAACGGCCUCGGUAACAUCGGCCUUGGUAUGGGCGGCUCGCCGUACGCGUACGAUAAGCUACCCUCGAUGGGAAUGUCGCCACCGCACAAUUAUCCCUCGCCCGGUGCGGGCCUACAGCCGAGUCCUCUCUCGCCACAGAGCGCUUACAGUCAAAGCGCCCUGAAUUCGCCGCACAAGUCCGCGAGUCCGCACUAUGAUCCGGCUUUCCUACCGAGGCUACAACAGAGUCCCGCCGCACUUAGCCCGUCUUCGCCGCCGGCCGUCUCGGCGACCGCCACUUUCGCGCCUUCGCAUCAUUCCCCGCCCGCGCACUCGGUGCCGGCGGCCUCGCCCCCGCCCAUACAGACGCAGCUUCAGCAGCAACAACAGCAACAACAGCAGCAACAACAACAGCAGCAGCAGCAACAGCAGCAGCAGCAGCAACAACAACAGCAGCAGCAGCAGCAACAGCAGCAGCAGCAAUCGUUGGCGCAACAGACUAUAUCGCACACUCAGCACGUGCAACACACGUCGGUCGUCAUGAAGACGGUCUCCUCGGCCGGCCACGGUGCCGGCGAGGUCGAGGAGAUCAACACGAAGGAAUUGGCACAGAGGAUCAGCGCCGAGCUCAAGAGGUACAGCAUACCCCAGGCGAUAUUCGCCCAGAGGGUACUCUGCCGUAGUCAGGGAACGCUCAGUGAUCUCCUACGUAAUCCAAAGCCCUGGUCGAAGCUCAAGAGCGGCCGGGAAACGUUUCGACGUAUGUGGAAGUGGCUGCAGGAGCCGGAGUUUCAAAGAAUGUCGGCCUUGCGUCUAGCAGCUCUGAGCAACUGCUCUGAAAGCGGGGGCGAACCGGAAGCCAUGCUGGAUAUCCACCACCAAGGAAGCGGCAUCGACAUUCACCAUCAACAGUUUCACAACUCCUAUGCUGCACAGAUUCCACAACGCGGAACAUGCAAGAGGAAAGACGAGAUGUCGAAUCAGGCAGAACACCAACAGCCCGCCCCCAAGAAACCGCGGCUGGUUUUCACAGACCUUCAGCGCCGUACUCUACAGGCUAUUUUUAAAGAGACCAAGAGGCCGUCGAAGGAGAUGCAGGUGACAAUCGCGCGACAGUUGGGCCUUGAACCGACGACGGUCGGUAAUUUCUUCAUGAACGCUCGACGGCGCUCCAUGGACAAGUGGAAGGACGAGGAUCCGAAGACCGUGGCGGUCGAGGAGGGACAGCUAUCGCCAACAAUAGGUAUCGGGCAGCGACAGCCAAGCGACGUUUUGUGACACACGUCCGACCACGAGGAGUACCACGACGAGUCACCGGAGGAGGAUCUACCCUUCUCGUAAGGGUCUCCUUCUCCACUUUCCAUCUCUUCCCACCCGAAGGACAAGCAGCCCUUUUCUCGAGCUAUUCCCGAAGAACGAACGACUCGUUCGACUCGUUCGUUCUUUUUUCUUUCUUUCUUUUUUUCUUUUUUCUUUUUCUCUUUCUUUAGUUCCUUCUUUCUUCCUUCGUUUCUUUUUUCUAUUUCUUUUUCCUUUUCUCUCUCUCUCUUUCUCUUUCUCUUUUCUAAUACGAAAGAAACCUCGAUAAAUCGAUCGUGAAAAGUAGUAUGAAUUACACCGAAUUAUUAAGACCACCCUUACAAUUAUUUUAAUAUCGUGCAAUAAAGAAUAUCGUUUUCUUCUUUUUUUUUCGAGAUAUCUCGUUCUCCCUUUCUCUUCUCUUCUUUUCUUUUCCUUCCUUUUCUUUCUUCUGCUUCUUCUGCUUCUUAUUUUAUCGAAACUUAUACUUUUUCUAAAUGCAUUUAUCAAACGUAUGGCAUUUUUUUACCCCACACGUCGGUUUAUCGAUACCAUUGGUUUCUCUUUUCGACUCGACUCGAUCGAAAUAGUAAACGAUCCGUUCUGAUAUUUACUUACGCGUUAUUUUGGAUUAUAAAAAAAGAAAAAGAAAGAAAGAAAAGAAGAAAAAUGGAGGAUAGAAAGAAAUGUCUACCUUCUUCUAAGUAUUUACGUUCUUUUCCUAUUUGAAACUCUCUUUCUCUCUCUCUCUCUCUCUUUCUCUCUCAUCUAUGUCAAAGAGAACGGCCGAGCUGGCAAAGUAUAGAGAAGGUCGUGCGUCAUACACAACAUAUAAGCUUCUACCAAUGCUGAGGCAGCCAUUAUCUUAUGUACGUGAUGCUAGCAAACAGCACUGGCAGUAACAUAAGUAACAGCUAUGCUAGCUUUCGAAAGAUAUAGUUAUGUUUGAAAUUUUUUAACGACGAAUCCAUACGCACGCAUUUCUUUUUUUCUUUCUUUCAGUUUUCUUUUCUUUUUCAUUCUGUCUCUUCUUUCUCUUUCUCUCUCUUUCUCUCUUUUCU